AGAUAUUGGAUUGUGCUGAAAAUCCUGGAAUUAAUAAUUUGACCUUUGCCAAUUUCUCAAAACUCAAAUUUGUUUCCUGUAAAGAAAGAGAUAAACUUAAAUUUGAUGGUGUUAAUACUAAUAAUCUAUACAUCGAAAGCUUUGCUGAUCUUAAAAAACUUUUUUACUCAAAAG